AUCCUGAAUAUAAUAUUAAAUUCAAAUUGUAUACAGAGAAAAGUGAAAUUUGUUGCCAAGACGUUAAUUAAGCACUUUCAUUUUCAGACGAGGGAUCGACGAAUGGGUAUUCCCAUUUUCUUUUCUUUUGCAUAGAGAUGAACUGAAGAAGGAGAAAGUCUGGAACAGUUUUAUUAUUCCCUCGGCGGCCACUAUAGCGAUACACCGAAAUUCGCUGGAAAUUUGGACACUCAAAUAAAUUUGUGUCCCAGUCGGAAGGACAACGAUUGAAAAUGAAAUAAGAAAAUUCUACUAUAUAUAAAGCGAUUUCAAAAAAGUUAGUUCAGAACUUCCUAGUCCACCAUGGCUUCCAAACAGUUAUUGAUUCUUGCGGCUGUUGCGCUUUGCACUGUCCUGUGCAGGCCGGCAGAGACGGACGAAUCUCCUUUGAAACAGCCGAUGACUCCGGGAACAUCUCAGAAAGGGAGUCUAUCCGAUCCCGAAAUCACAGACGAAGUUGGAAUGAAGAAUCGCAUGUACCAAUAUGCGCUUGGUCCUCCACAAGGAUUCAUUCCGGUUUACUUCAUGAUGCCUCCACCACCCAAUCCCGGUCCCGGUGGUAACAAACAACGAAUGCGCCGUCCUUAUUACCAGAAGGAAAGAGACCAGCAGCAGAAUCCACCAAUGGAGAAUCCCGAUCCAAGUGUUGAUUUGGAACAGAAUCAAAAGAGUGAAGAAGAUAAAACAUCCAUCGCCAAUCCGGGGCCUAGUACUGUUGAAUUUCCGGCCGGGGAUUCGAUUGAAUCGAGUCGUCCAAUGGAUCAGGAUCAACCCGAACGAAGCGCCAAGGAUUUAGAACAAUUGCAAACCUUUUCUUCUCUUGUCCAACCACCUCGAGCGAUCCCCGCAAGAACGAAACGGACUCCACAAAGAGUCCGCAGUUAUCUAGACGUCGAUGACUACGGGAGAGGAGCAGGCUAUGGAGGAGGCUACGGCGGUUAUGGUGGCUACGGAGGCUACGGCGGUUACGGCGGCUAUGGCGGUGGUUACCAUGGAUACAAUCCUUAUCGCGGUGGGUACGACGACGAAGUCAUCGACAUUGAUAUUCAAAUUUAAAUGAAUUUCAUUUUUGUAAAAUAUCGGAUGUGAAAUAAAGUUGACCUUAA